AGCCUCGUUGAUGGGUGGGUCACCAAGAUAGAUGGCAGCAUAUUUUAAUGGUCUGCAAAAGGACACAACCCAGACCCGUCGCGUUAUCAUGGGUAUUCAAUGGAAACGAGAAAGCAGCCCACAAUGUACAUCCACAUGCAGACGCAAAUCAGAGCAAGAAAAGUAUAAAGUGGCGGCUCCUGAUCUUGACUUCCGUGGGUCAGCAAUCUCUACUCCACCCCUCUUUUUGUUCUUUCUCUCCUGCUUCCUCUCCCCACCCCUUCAUAUAAUUUCUCUCUCCCUCCCCAUCUCCCAGUCUCAGCGAUAAUUCUCCUUCUUUCUUUCUUUCUCUCUGUCAAGGGAGCUUUUGCCAAAAGUCUUCACCAUGGAGGUGAUGAUACCGCCGAGCAUGGAGUUCGACUUCAACAGCGCGCGUUCCUCGCCGCAAGUGAGUGCUCCGUCGACGCCGAAGCGCUUUGGUGAUUACUUCUUCAGCGCUCCGACCAGCCCUGCUCGGGUGGCCGACUUCUACCGCGAGUUUGCUGAGUUCUCCUCGGAGAACCUGAGCGACCCUUCUUCUUCUUCUUCGUGUUCGGCCACUGUUCCAUUCGUUUGGGAAGAGAAGCCCGGCACUCCGAAAUCCCCGCAGCCGAAGACUUUCGGUAGGGAACCAGUUGAUUAUAAAGAUGAUGGUGAUGAUGGAUUCAACUUCGCUUUCGACUUGAGCAAGGACUCCGAGAGGCAGUCUCUUUCGGCCGAGGAGCUCUUCGACGGUGGGAAAAUCCGCCCGCUCAAGCACCCGCUCAAGCACCCGCCCAGGCUACAGAGCAACCGCUCGGCUCUGACCCCUCCGAGGAGCCCGCUCGCGCCAUCGCCCAAGAGUCCGAGAUUGCAAGCCAGAGGCAGGAGUUCAUCGAGAGCGAGGAAAGAAAGCGACCCUUUCGAAGCAGCGAUCGAGAACGCUAGGAGGAGCGCAGAGCCCCACCAAGCCAGAGGCAGAGGGAGGUUGCAAGGUUCCAAUUCUGGCCGGAGAGCGGCCCGGUCGCUGUCCCCGUACAGGGUAUCUGCCUAUCCAUGGGAUGAAGAAGAGAAACAGCUGACCAAGCAGACGCCGACGUCCAAGCCCCCCUGUUUCCCGGGUCCUUCGGCUUCGGCUACGUCGAAAGGGUCGUCCAAGAAGUGGAGUUUGAAGGACUUUUUGCUGUUCAGAAGCGCAUCGGAGGGUCGGGCUACAGACAAGGAUCCAUUCAGGAAGUAUGCGGUGGGUGCGCUCAGGAAAAAGGAGGACGCGGCGAGGAACGCGAGCUUCCGUUCCAUCGACAGCCCCACCGGGUCGAUAUCGCGGAGGCGAGGCCCGGUCUCCGCGCACGAGCUGCACUACACCGUGAACAAGGCCGUCUCGGACGAUCUGAAGAGAAAGACCUUCCUUCCUUACAAGCAGGGGAUCCUGGGGAGGCUGGCUUUCAAUCCCGCCGUCCAUGCCCUGGCUAACGGAUUCGGGUCCUUGUAUCGGCAAUGAAAUCUCAUCUUAAUACGAUUGUUUUGUCCGUCUGGAAAUCAUAGUUUUGUUUUCAUCUUCGCUUGUUUUCCCUUCGGUUAUGUAAAGAAAAUUUCUUUGUUCCGAUAAGUGUAGAGUUCUUUACGUGAGGAACAUGUUUUCGUAUAUGUUGUAUGAUGAAGGAGAAGAUCCUGUUCUUUCAAUGAUCAAUUGAGCUCUUAAUUUUUUUUUUUCCACUGCA